AUGGUCACAGGAAAUGUCAGCACUGUGGUGGAGUUUAUCCUUCUAGGACUAACCAGCAGACAGGACUUACAGAUAUUGCUGUUUAUUGUAUUUCUUAUAUGCUACAUUGUUUCCCUCAUAGCUAAUAUGUUAAUAGUUGUGAUUAGUUACAUAAGCCCUCGACUCCAAACUCCAAUGUACUAUUUCUUGAGAAACCUCUCCUUCUUGGACAUCUGUUAUACUUCAUGUGUAGUUCCCCAAAUGCUCGUAAACUUUUUAUCAGUGAAGAAAAUCAUAUCUUAUGGUGGAUGUGUGACCCAAAUGUCUAUCCAUAUGUCUUUAGGGGGGACAGAGUGUUUUUUGCUGUUAUCAAUGGCUUAUGACCGCUAUAUGGCUAUAUGCAACCCCUUACACUACACUAAUAUUAUGCAUCCUGCCUUGUGCAUCAAGAUGGCAACUGGGUCUUGGGUUGGAGGCUUAAUAAACUCAUUAAUAAACACAGUAUAUACAUUACAGUUACUUUUUUGUGGCCCUAAUGUAGUGAACCAUUUUUUCUGUGAGGCGCCCACAUUGCUAGAGCUGGCUUGUGCAGAUACUUCUCACAAUAAGACAGUCCUUUUCUUUGGUGCUAUAGUGGGAGCUGUAGUCCCUUUCUUCAUAAUCUUUUUUACAUACGUCAAUAUCAUUUCCAGCAUAAUGAAGAUUCGCACAACCACGGGACGCAGAAAAGCAUUUUCCACUUGUGCUUCCCAUGUUACUGUGGUCACAUUAUUUUAUGGCACCGUUUUCUUUAUGUACUUGAGACCUGGAAGUGUUCAUGUCUCUAACCAAGACAAAAUGGCCACCUUGUUCUACAGUGUUAUAACUCCAAUACUAAAUCCUCUCAUCUACACUUUGAGAAAUAAAGAUGUAAAAAUAGCACUGAAAGAAACCACAGGGAAGAGGACGGAGUUCAGAAUAUAG